GAAAAGAGGUGUUUCAGCAGAGGGCCCAGGUUGCUAAGCAGUGAGCCGCAGAGAUCGAGCCUCUUAAAGCUGCAGGGGUUGGUUUUCGUUACUGGAGUUAUGAUAGUGACCUGACACAGACAGGAUUGAGAAUGGUUAGCAGUGACGGACUUCUGACGGCCCCGCCUCGGCGUUGGAGGAUUGAAACCAUGUUGGGACCAAGAAGCCUCUUGCUUUAAAGGACGCCGCGGCCCCCCCGGGGGCCUCCGGAGGAGUCGUGGAGCUCUGGGAAAGUUGGCAUCCACGGGGAGGUCUGAGCCAACGAGAGGAACACCCCAGGAGCCCGUGGGCACCGGCGACGUCCCCCAGCCCUGCGCCCCGGGCGGAGUGAACCGGGCUCGGAGAUGCUCUGGGGCUAAAGCGGCCCCCGGAAGCCGGACGGGGCGGGCGGCGCAAGAGGGCGAGGCUCGGCAGUCUCCGGCCGGUAGCCCAACGGGAUGACGGCCUGGUCCAUGGUGCAGAAGCUGAAAAUGGAGAAGAGAUCCUCCCGAGAAGAGAGGACCAGGGAGCGGGACGCUGGGGACUGCAGCGCCGAGUCGGAGGACUGGACGAGCUCCGAGAGCGAGCCCGAGCAGCCCUGCUUCAGGACCAGCGGCAGCAGCAGUGGAGACAGCAGCGGCAGCGGCGGCGUCGACGGCGGCGGAGGCGGCGGCGGCCACCCUCGCUGGAGGGAGCGAGAGGUGCCCCAUAAGCCUCACCGGCAGCUCUGCCGCUCUCCCUGCCUGGACCGGCCCAGCUUCUCCCAGAGCAGCACCCUGCAGGAGCUGCAGCUCGACGCGGGGAAGACCCCCCCGGACAAGGAAUACCAGGCCAAAAUGGACUUCGCGCUCAAGCUGGGGUACGCCGGGGAACAGAUCCAGGCCGUGCUCAACAAACUGGGCCCCGACGCGCUGAUCAACGAUAUCCUGGCCGAGCUGGUCAGGCUGGGUAACAAAGGCGAGACGGAGGGGCACGGCGGCGGGGGCGGCGGGGGCGGGACUGCCUCCGGCAUGCUGGUGCCCCGAGGCCCCUGCCCCCGGGAGGUCGCCAGCCCCGAGCUGUCGCUAGAAGAAGAGGUGGUGGACAACACGGACAAUCUGAGGCCAGUCGUCAUCGAUGGCAGCAACGUGGCGAUGAGCCACGGAAAUAAAGAAAGCUUCUCCUGCCGAGGGAUUCAGUUAGCUGUGGACUGGUUUCUGGAAAAGGGGCACAAAGACAUUACUGUGUUCGUGCCCGCUUGGAGAAAGGAACAGUCUCGCCCAGACGCACCCAUCACAGAUCAAGAAAUCUUGCGAAAACUGGAGAAAGAGAAAAUUCUGGUCUUCACCCCGUCCCGGAGGGUCCAGGGGAGGAGAGUGGUCUGCUACGACGACCGGUUUAUCGUCAAGUUGGCUUUUGAUUCCGACGGCAUCAUCGUGUCCAACGACAACUACCGGGACCUGCAAAAUGAAAAGCCCGAGUGGAAGAAGUUCAUAGAAGAGAGGCUGCUGAUGUAUUCCUUUGUCAAUGACAAAUUUAUGCCACCCGAUGACCCUCUAGGACGCCACGGCCCGAGCCUUGAAAACUUCCUGAGAAAGAGGCCAGUCAUUCCGGAACAUAAGAAACAACCGUGCCCCUACGGCAAGAAGUGCACGUACGGCCACAAGUGCAAGUACUAUCACCCGGAGCGGGCCCACCAGCCGCAGCGGGCCGUGGCCGACGAGCUCCGCAUCAGCGCCAAGCUGUCGGCCGUCAAGACCCUGAGCGAGGGCGCCCUGGCCAAGGCCGCCGGCGGCUCGGCCGGCCCCAAGGGCGAGGCGGGGCCGGAGGGCAAGCGCGUCGCCCCCAAGCGCCAGUCGGACCCCAGCAUCCGGUCGGUGGCGGCGGCGGAGCCCGAGGAGAGGCUGUCGGCCGCCCGCAAGGCCGAGGCCGGCUCGGUCCCCUCGCUGGUGUCGGCCCUGAGCGUGCCGACGCUGCCCCCGCCCAAGAGCCACGCGGCCGGGGCCCUGAACACCCGCUCGGCCAGCAGCCCCGUGCCGGGCUCGUCGCCGUUCGCCCACCCGCAGGUCAGUCUGGACCACGGGGGUGGCCGGCGCUAUCCCCCCAUCCUGGUCACCAACACCCACGGCGCCCCGGUGGACUACAGCGAGCCGUACCCCAAGUACGACUCCCUGGCCGACCCCGGCUACUACUCCAUGCUGAGCGACUUCUCCGGAAGCCUGAGCCUCGGCAGCGGGGACUACUACGGGCCCGGCGCCGAGCCGGACCCCGGCCUCUUCUCCCGCAACCCCAGCCCCGGGCCCGACCCCCGCCUGAGCCAGGCGGGAGGAGCCGGCUACGCCGCCUUCGGCGAGCUCUACCUGGGGGUGGCGGACGGCGGGCCGGAGGAGACCCUGAAGAUGCGCCGGUCGCCGGCCCGGCACCGCCCACAGCCCUUUGCCCCCGGCGCUCUCCACGAGGCCCUGGCCCGGGUCCAGAGCUACGGGCCCGAGGAGCCCUGUCCCGGCCCGCGCAAGCCGCCGCUCUCCCGCCUGGCCCUUCACGUCCAGCACCCGGCGGCCGGGACCCGGGCCAGCUGCCCCGGGGACUACCCGGGGCCCCCGGGCGCCCAGGGGGCGGCGGCCCCCGGCGCCCAGCCGGGCCGGGCCCUGGUCAUGACCCGCAUGGACAGCGUCUCGGACUCCCGGCUCUACGAGAGCCACCCGACCAGGCAGCGGAGGCCCCCGCUCUGCCGGGAGCAGCACGCCAGCUGGGACCCGCUGCCCGGCCCCGCCGACUCCUACGGUUACCACUCCUACCCGCUGAGCGGCAGCCUGAUGCAGCCGUGCUACGAGCCCGUCAUGGUGCGCAGCAUGCCCGAGAAGAUGGAGCAGCUUUGGCGGCACCCGUGGGCCGGGGCCUGCGGCGAGCCCCGCGAGCCGCCCGCCGUCCCGGAGUGCCACUACCAGACCUACCGGAACCUGUGCAACAUCUUCCCGGCCGGCGUCGUCCUGGCCGUCAUGGAAAAGAACCCGCACCUGACGGACGCGCAGCAGUUGGCCGCCGUGAUCGUGACCAAACUCAGCAAAAAUCAAAGGAAUCGCUCCCCGACACCCAGGAAGAGAACGCCCACCUCGCCGCGUGGAUCUCCGGUGCCCUGCCCUCCCUCCACCGCCGACUCCCGGGUCCCGUCCUGGCCCCUGAGCCGGAGGACCCAACCCUAGCGUGAGCAGUUGUAUCGCAUGUACGAGUGUCGAUUAUUUCCCAUCCGGGACGCGCGCGUCUGUGGAUCCGCCGUCACCUUUCGGGAGGUGCGGAGGCGCGUGUCUCCGGGUCCCCGUCUACCCGCGCUCGACCUUUCUCGAGGUAGGUAGGUGAGGAGCUCCAGAUGGCCUCCCCCGCGGAGGCCGCCCGCCCGCUGAAGCCGAUUUCGGAAUCGAGAGCCCGCCGGCGGUCGGGAGGGGGUGGGGGGCAGAGGCAGGGAGAGAGAGGUGCUCGACGGCGGAAGCAGCAAGCCGGCCCUGUUCCCUUUGCACUUGGAAAACGUCAGCGGUCGCGUCGGUCCAGCCGGCGGCCUCGGCAGCGUGCCUCUUCGGAGGGACCAAUCCGUGGGGGAGGCGCGUGCCCCCCGGCGCCCCGGACCCUCCCGUCGGUCCCCGACUUCCGGGCGCCCGCGGCGUAAAUCGGGGCCCGUUGCCGGGAGGGGGCGGGCGCGCCCCCCGCCCUCCCCCGGGGUCGCCGGGACGUCAAGUUCCCGAGACGCCGCGGCCCUGGACGGAUGAACGCCGCACCCCCGGGUGGGGGCGAGACCGGGGAUCGGCCCACCGGGGACAAGGGGCGGGGGCGCCCCACCGUCGGCUCCCGGCGGCCGGGCCGCCCCGGCCCCGAUCCGCGCCGGAGGGGCGUCUGGCCGCCGUCCGGCGCGGGGUCGGGGUCCCUGAGGAGGCCGGAGGCCCCGGACCUCCAGGCGGGGCAUCGUUUGCGCGACUCGUCUUUUCCUCAGGGUGGAAACCUUUGUAGCUAAAAUGCCUCCAGAAGAGGCGUUGGUCGUUUCUUUUUUAAGCUGCACUGAAUGGACGCCCUUUUUGAAUCCAAUGUACAGUUCCACAUUUUGAACCAUGACCGGCUUGGUAUAGUUCUCAAGCUGGAAAUGGCCGACUUCUACUGUAGUUUUUUCAUGCAAGUUGAGAAGGCCUGGUCCGGGCCUUUUGUUUCUUCAUGAGAAGGUGUGACACUUGCCUAAAUGUUUCUUACUGUGAAACGCACAGAAUGUGAGGCUGCCGUCAGGGUUGUUUCUGGCGUUUUGAUCAUGGCUUGCAAGGCCGCGUUCCGGACCCUUCCUCUUUCUCCGGCCCCGCUGAGCGCCCCCCACCCCCCCGCCAUUUUGACGUUUCCUUUCCCCCUCCGCAGUUGAAGACGGAGGGGCGGCGGGGGGGGAAAGGAAUCGUCCCCCACCUUGAGCCCCCCAUCCGCCGUUGGUCCCGGACGGGCCGGGGCCCCCGCCCGGCGGCGCGAUCGGUAGUCCCCGGGGGACGGCCCCGGGGCGCCUUCCUGGAGGGCGCCCCCGCCGG